GUGUCGGUGUGGCAUUGGUGGCUUCUCACUGACCUUUUUUUUUUUUUUUUUUUUCAGCUGACAAUCAUUUUCAAGAACUUCCAGGAGUGUGUCGAUCAGAAGAUGUACCACGCAGAGACCGACGAACUCCCAGCAGCUUUCGCUGACGGCUCGAAGAACGGUGGCGAUCGCCACGGCGCGAACACCUUGCGAAUCAUCGAGAAGGUUCCGGGUCAGCACGUGGAGAUCCAGGCGCGCUACAUCGGCACCACCAUCGUGGUCCGGCAGGUGGGCCGCUACCUGACAUUCGCCGUGCGGAUGCCUGAUGAGGUGGUGAACUCUGUGGAGGACCAGGACAGUCAGGACCUGUACCUGUGCCUACACGGCUGCCCCGCCAACCAACGCAUCGACUUCAGGACAUUCAGGGCCCACACCGUCGAGAGUCAGGCCCAGGGCCGGGGAAAGCCUGGCGGCGCACUCCAUGGCUUUACCUACAAAACGGCCAUGGCUAAGUGCAAAGAGCACCUCCCGGUGGAGGACAUGUACUUCCACUCCUGCGUCUUCGACCUGCUGUCGUCAGGGGACAUCAACUUCACCCUGGCGGCUUUCUACGCCUUGGAGGACGUGAAAGUGCUCCACUCCAACAAGGACAAGCACCACAUUUUCGAGAGGGACAUGCGUUUAGGCAACACGAGCCACAAGGGGUCCUGCUCUGUCCUCUUGCUUCUCCUCAACCUGUUGGUUUUGGCGCUUUGGACUGAAGGUUGCUUGGCGCAUCUAUAGUCCUCCAACCGCGAUCACUAUUGUCAUUGUUGUCAUCUUAAUCAUCGUGUGAUGGCUGUGGGAGAGAUGUGUGCCUGCGAAAACACUGGUCUCACCGUGUCACGUCCAGUCUGUCAGAGGCUGAGCUCCUGCACUGGUCCACCCCCUCACUCCCAACCCCAGGGAGGAGGGGGGAGAUCCAAAGGGGCUCUGAGCCAGGUCAUCGCACUCAUCCCAGCCAUGGACUCAUUUGUGUUGUGGUCAUUGGGGCUGAGGGGAACAGCGUCAUUGUAAUCUGUCAAGUUGGAGUGAGAUCCCUCUGGUUGUCUGUCAUCACGUUCAUUUGUCUGGUUGUGAUGAGGAGAAACUGCAGUGAGAGACCCCCACCCCACCCGGACACACACACACACAACACACACACACACACACUCUCUCUCCACCCCUCCCCACCUCAGUCUUUCAAGAGCUUGGAUGUCCAGCUUUGGAUUUAAUCCCUCAUUCCCAGGGAGGGUGAAUGGUCCACGGGAGAUGAUGGGACUGGGGAUGAUCUGUGGAAAGAAGGAUAUGUUUUUCUUCGUCUCCUUCUUCAUCCCUUCUUUUUUUACUUCCAUUGAGGAUCUCUUCCUUGACUGGUGCCAAGCGAGUAGAGUGGUUGUAUGUGGCCCCUGGUGUGUGUGUGUGUGUGGAGGGUGGGGGGGUACCAGGGGUGGCCAUGACAGGAGCUGUUAGUAACCUCUGUUGAGUAUGAGGGCCUUCCCUGAGCUUCCUGUUUGAUGAGCCUCCAGAGCUGGGAGAGGCCAGAGCUCACUGAGAAGGAGCCCUUAGCCAAAGGGACGUCAGAGCAACGAGCCUGGUUGUCUGCAGUGGAGAUUAAUUGGCCGUAACGCCAGGUCCUUUUGUACAGCUUAUGUGUGUUUGUGUGUGUGUGUGUGUGUGUGUGUGUGUGUGUGUGUGUGUGUGUGUGUGAACUCUGUGCAUGUCUGUUAGUGUGUGUUGCUUUGGAUAUCCUGUGAGUGUGUGUGUGUUCCUUAGAACUGUAUAAUUGUAGUUGGGAGACAUAUUUGCUAAUGUCUUUAUACUGCACCCAGGGUUUCAAUAUAGCGCUGGCCUGGUGGUCUAAGGUCACUCUGAAUGGCCUUCGUCUGCCAAAAACAUUUGCCAAAGUGAAUUGGCAGACAGAUUGGAAAAAAACCUCCUACUUCACCGUUUCCAUGUGUCAAUAACAGUGUCAAAGAAAUUUUUUUCGUCAAAGAAAAUACACCCACAUUACAUUGGUGUUUCAAUCUCGAAAAUAUUUAUUGCUCUGUUUGAUUGGAGCUCGUGCGGACUUCAUUCGACCGCUAACAAAAACCAAGCCCAGAGCAAGCUAAUUUGGGGCACAUAGAAAGGGCAGGUCGCCACGCGAACAAUAUGUUUACAGAUUUUUUUUUUCAAAACAAAAAUUCACAUCGAUCAACUGAACAGAGAGCCUCCAUUACUUAAAUCCCAACAUGGAAGGGGACCAGACAGCACAGAGCUGCCAGAGCUUUUUUGUUUGGUUGUCCGACUCAACGUUGUUGGGUCGGUUUACAAUCACGGCGCUGUGGAAGAUGCCCAGUUGAGCCGGGGGAACUGGCCAAGCACAAAGACUGACUGGGCCGGGUUAUAGGGGGUGCAUGACCCCACAGGCAGACUCAUCCGUCUUUCUGACUGCUCCUCGAAGAAUAAAAGGCUCUCUCCGUUUUCAAAAAAGGGGUGUCGACGUGGCUGUGCUGUAGGCCUCUCUUGACUCACAAUUCUGCAGAUCUGUGAAUUUAUGGCUGAGGCCCUUUGCCAAAGAACCAGCCCUGGUGCCAACAACGUUCCCCAAACAUCUGAGUUGUUUCUUGCUCACUCUCUCUCCCACUCGCUCUCUCUCUCGCUGAGUCUUUCUGCACUCACUAACCCACUCUGUCUCUUUUACUCUCUCCCUCCCUCUCUCUUUAUCCCCCCCCUCUCGUAAUCCUUGCAUCUCUCUCUCUCUCUCUCUUCUUUGGGAACCUUUGUGGUUCACCUAAGUAUUUGGACUCCAACCAGACAUCCUGAUUGUGUAUAAUACUGGAAGGUGCUGCUAAACGAAAUCAGUGGAUGGACUUGAGUUUGUGAGCGGUAUGCACGUAUGAUCUAACAGAGUGCAGUGUCAGCCAUGCUCUGAUUAUCCACAGAUCGUCUUCACCACUACUUCCAUUGCAAAGGAGGCAUCGCUGUUGUUUUUAUUUUUUAUUUUCUCUGUUACAGAAUCCUCCAGCACCAUUUAAAAAAAAAUAUGAAGUCAGAUUUAAAAAAAAUAUAAAGUGGGAUAAGGAUUGGGGGGUUUAGUUAAAUGUUUAUAGCACUAAAAAUGCCUGCUGUACUAAGAAAAAAUACCUUCUGGGUGCCUCGUAAUAUCAAUGCUAAUGUAAGAACAACAUGCCCACUCCCAUGUUCAACUACAUUAUCAGGUCAUUGUGAUGCAGUAGAUGCUUAGAUCAACACCCCAGGCAGGUUGAAAGUGCAUGUCGCUCCCUGAUUUGCAAGAAGAUUUGCUGAUGGAAAUUGGACCGUGGUGUUUAUUCAGUCUCGCAGUGUGGAUUUCGUGUUUCUUUUAAAGACCACAUUGAACAUCUGUCUGAAUAUUGCUCCCAAAAGAUUCACCUCGGUGCUGUGGUACUUUUCCCUACUGCACGAGUGGAUCCAGCCUUUGCCAAUACAUUUAUGCUAGAUCUGUCCUUCAGAGGUGAAUACCUCCAAGGGGACGCUUACACUGAAACAUCAGGCAGGGCGUACUACUGCUAACACUAGCAUGUGCCAGUGCAGACUUCAUUUGGGUUUCAGACAGAAACUAACAAAAAACGGUUAUCAAACCACAAAAUGAUUGUAAUGUGGACUUUUUGUGUUGAUAGGUGCAUAGUCAACUUUUAUUGUUGGAUGGUUCUUCAUGUGUAAUGUGAGUCUGUACAUAGGUUUGUAAAAGUUGUUAAAUUUGGAAAAGAAUAGUGUUUAUUUGUUGUGUUCAAAUUUUUGUAAAUCUUGACAUUUUAUAUAUGUGAGUACAGUGAAUGUGACCUUUUAUUUAAAAAGAGAAAAGGUUCUAUGUAUGUGAAACAACACACCAAAUGUUAACCAACCGAACAGAUCUAAAGCAGAACGGAACUGAACCAUAUCCAAAAAUAGGGAAUUUAAUGGUGUUUUUGUUGUUGUUUUCAUUAUGGAAGAAGCACUUUAUGUUUUUGUUCAUGUUUAGCUCUUAAGUGUCAUGAACUUGAUUGUGAAUAGAGUUCAUCAGAGUUGUAAAGCUAGUAAAUAAUAAAAACACAAAAACUAAACAAAACAAAAACUAAAUGUAUUACAGAAUGGGUUUGCCAGAGAGAUCAAACUUGGGCUUGUAUGUAGGACUAAGACGGUGCCUCAUGCCACAUGUAUAUACUGUAAAUUAUUUAUUGAGCGAAAAUAAAUUGUCUUGUCGAUUUGUUUUGGAAAA